UCUCCUCGAAUGGUCCACGCAAAUUCGACGGCAUCUUCAACUCCCAACGACUCUCGAAGACGAACGCACUCGCAUCCAGAUGAUCCUGCGUCUGCUCGGCCAGCAUCCCAACUACCGAGGAUUCUGGUCAAAACAUCGUCUGCACUUUUCCGCCAAUCCCUUGACCGCGCAGCUACCAUUCCGGUAA